AUGGAAGCCAUUCUCCAAAAAAGUCUUCAGAUCCCAUCUGCUCAAGUCUAUUUACCUUAUGGCACUGCAGGCUUCCGAACAGUCGCCCACAACCUCCCUCAAGCUUGUUUUCGUGUCGGCCUACUUGCCCUUCUGCGAUCUCACGAGCUUAAAAAAAUCACUGGAGUAAUGAUAACUGCAUCCCACAACCAUAUAGCGGACAACGGUAUCAAAAUGAUUGACCACAAUGGAGAAAUGGUUCCUAUUGCCUGGGAAAGAGCUAUUGAAGCCUUCGUCAAUGCUCAAGACUUCGCUGAAGUUUUACGUGAAAAAUUUUCUAAUCCUAUCCAAGGAGACGUCUUUAUCGGCUGUGACAAUCGGCCAAGUUCUCCGGAACUUCUCAGCUGUUUACAGCAAGCUAUCGAGGUAGCAGGCGGAACUGCCCACAACUAUGGAGAAUUAACAACUCCACAGCUCCAUUGGCUAGUCCGCAGAUCAAAUUUCUCAUCAAAAUUGCCAGCAUCUGCUUAUAUAGAUUAUUUAAACCAAGCCAGCCGCUUAUAUACAAGUUUGCCUCAGACUUAUAAUUAUGAAAAUGACCUUAUAAUUGACGCUUCUGGAGGGGUUGGGGCUAAUACUUUGAGACUAUUAAAUAUCACAGGAUUGAACUUCCAAAUAGUAAAUACAGAGCCAAGCUUACUAAAUGAAGGCUGUGGGGCUGAGCACGCCCAUAAAAUAAGGACUUGUCCAAGGAAUGUACCUGUAGGUCUUAAAUGUGCAAGUCUAGAUGGGGACGCAGAUAGGCUGGUUUACUAUAAAAGUGCUGAAAAUUUAAAUGUAUUAGGAGGAGAAAGGCUGACUGUUUUAAUGUGCCUAGCGCUUAAAAAACUGCUUGACGAAGAAAAUGUGGAAGGAAAAGUCACAGUUGUGACGACUGGGUACUCAAAUUCUGCGUCAUUAGAAUAUUUAGAACAAAGGGGAAUUGAAAUUGUCCUAGUAGCAACUGGGGUAAAAUAUCUUCAUGAAGCUGCAAAAAAGGCAGAAAUUAGUGUGUAUUUUGAAGCUAAUGGACAUGGAACAAUUAUUGCGUCAGAAAAUAAAUUAGCUUCAUUAAAAGAAUUAAAUGCAGAAAAAUUACUGGCAUUUUUGUCACUUGCGAAUGAAGUAAAAAUUAUUUAGGCUGUGGGAGAUGCGGUGGCUGAUCUUUUGCUUUCAGAAAUUUCGAUGAAAAUAUUAGAUUUUAGCUUGAAGCAAUGGGAAGAACUUUAUCAUGAUUAUCCUACCACGAUAAUUGGAGUGAGAUCCCCUAUAAAAGAGCAAAUAAAAACUUCAGAAAACGAGCUGGAAGUGGUAGAACCAGCAAAUCUUGUAAAUAAAAUACAAGAAAUCACACAUAGACUAGCUGAUCAAAAAGUAAGAGUCCUUUUAAGGCCUUCAGGGACUGAACCUAUAGUCAGAAUAUUUGUGGAAGCUUUGAGCCUUGACACAUGCAAAGCUGUAGCUAAUGAACUUAGAGAGUUUAUUAUAUAA